AUGAACACAGAUCUGGAAAAGGGCAAAUUUUCAAAUGCGAAUGUCUCUGUUCCCAUUUCCCGAAUUACUGCAGAACACCGCCGAGGGAAUGAUGUUCCCGCUCAUAACGAGGAAGAGGGUCACACGAGGCUGUCAAUGAUAAACUCAAAUCACAGGCGAAAGAGUCCUGACAGACGUAUCAGUGAGGGAUCACGACGGUCUCUGCGAAGAAGAGGCACGGCUCGAACCGUCAACUUCGACGGAUCGGUCCGCUAUGGCGGCGAUGAGGCGCAUACUGGUGAGGAAGAGACUCAAAGCAGAGAAAAGGCGCUUGAAAAAAACCUCUUAGAUCACUUCAUCGAAAGUAUAUUCAUGACUCUAGAUCCGAAGCCAGAUAUACCAGGCAAGGGACUGGUCAUCAGCUUAGCAGGUCUUCAGCGCAUGCGGCUCCGCAAACUCCAGGCGGAUCUAUCAAACCGAGUGAUGGAGAUGCACUUCAAUCACAAUAUGCCCGGCGAUUGGGAGUUCCUUCUGAAAGAAUAUACUCAGGCAGUGCGCGACUACGACUUCAUAAAGACGUGCGUGGACCGACCCGACGAUCCCUUCAUCAUCGCGAGUCGACGCAAGCUGGAGGCCGGGAUUCUCACAUUUGAGCUGCAGAACUUUCCUCGGCCGGGGAAUCCCGACUCGCACGAUGAAGAUUGGAGCACCAUCGACAUCCCCCCGGGAACCCAACAAGACACGUUCGGUCGGGGCGACCUGUCACAGAAGGCUAAGCUGCGAGCACUAAUCAAAAGGGUGGCCAUGGCAGUAUUUAGCGGUUUGUUCCUCCUUGCUCCAAUGUGGAUCAUGGUACUUCAUCCUACCACGUACACGGGCUUGGUUUUGACGACCGUCUUCACCUUUGCAUUCGCCAUCGUCAUGGCCGUUGUGCUUCGCGGGGAUUCGACAAUAGCAGUCAUGUCUUCUACCGCUGCGUAUGCUGCUGUUCUAGUUGUGUUUGUUGGCACAACUACAGGACCAGGUAGUAAUUAA